AUUAUGGCAAGAAUCUUCGUGAAGGCAUUGGCCGGCAGAGGCGGCAGCUUCUAAAGCAUACGGGACCACGUUUCCAACAAGAUUCGGUAGUCCGCAGCAGUUUGCAGUGGUCUGUCUUCUGCCGUCGUGCGAUUUGGGUUGUUGGGAGUCUUUACAUUCCUGUUAACUGAUUAUUUUCUCAUACAUCCUCCUCAAUCAUGCCGACUAAUAUCCAAGAUGGUUUUGCAACAAGAGCCAUUCACGCAGGACAAGAUCCACUGCAAUGGAGUCAUUGUUCUAUUGUUCCUCCUUUAGUAAUGUCCACAACUUUUCGGCAAGACGCACCAAAUGAACACAGAGGUUUUGAGUAUGGACGAUCAGGAAAUCCUACUCGUAAUGUUUUGGAAUCAUGCUUAGCUGCGCUAGAAGGUGGCAAACAUGCAUUUGCAUUUGCAUCUGGCCUUGGUGCAACAACAGGUAUUAUAUCAUUAUUGCAAUCAGGAGAUCAUCUUGUAUGUGGUAAUGAUAUAUAUGGAGGAACCAACCGGUUUUUCCAAAAGUGUUCUUCUAAGCAAGGCAUUAAAGUUACCUUCGUGAAUGCGAGUGAUCCAAAACAGAUUAUAGAUUCUGUACAAUCCAACACAAAGAUGAUAUGGCUAGAGACUCCCACCAACCCAUUAUUAAUGUUAGUCGAUAUUAAAGCCGUUGUAGAAUCUCUUAAGGCGACCCGUCCAGAUAUUAUUCUUGUUGUUGAUAAUACUUUCUUAACAUGCUAUUUUCAGCGUCCUCUAGAACUUGGCGCAGAUAUUGUUACAUACUCGUUAACAAAAUACAUGAACGGUCAUUCUGAUGUUAUAAUGGGUGCAGCAAUUACCAAGUGUGAUGAUCUUGCCGAGCGAUUGCGAUUUAAUCAAAAUGCCAUGGGUAUCGUGCCAUCGCCAUUUGAUUGUUCACUGGUAAACCGUAGUUUGAAAACACUGGAACUGAGAAUGAAGCAACAUAUGAAGAAUGGUCUUGCUGUCGCCAAAUAUUUAGAAAAACAUCCUCUAGUUGAAAAAGUUAUUCAUCCACUACUUCCAUCUCAUCCACAACAUGAAUUGGCCUUGAAGCAAACAACUGGUCACAGUGGAAUGAUCUCUUUUUAUAUUAAGGGUGAUUCCGUUAAAUUUUUAAAGGCUUUGAAAUUAUUCUGCGUAGCCGAAUCUCUUGGCGGAUACGAAUCACUUGCAGAAUUGCCUCAUGACGCACGCAUCUAUUCCUGAAGCAGAGAGAGCAGCAUUAGGUAUUACUGAUCAAUUAAUUCGCUUAUCUGUGGGACUUGAAUCUGAACAAGAUGUGAUAGCUGAUCUUGAUCAAGCUUUCAAAGUGUGCCAAUCAAAUGAUGCAAAAUUUUAGCAAUACUUUAAUAAAUAAUAACAAAUUUAUCAUAAUGUUAUCACGUAUAUAUGUAUAUUUUUUUUUUAGUAGAUUCAAAUUUUGUAUAUACCUUUUGGUGCGGGUAACCUUCGGUAUCUAAAUUUUUAAUUAAUUAUCAUUGUUUAUAGAUGCGAUUCGGGGCAUAAUAUUUUCUUGUCUCGUUUGAGCCACAGUUUCAUAUAAUAUAUUGCUCUUUUUUUCAUGUACAGCAAGUCCUCGAGUUACACAAAUUAAAUUGUGUGGCAACCUACUGAACGAAUUAAUCGACUAAGUCGAGAAUUUGCUGUAUAUAAUAUUUACAAUAUUUUUAGUCACAUCAUUGUUUAUCGUUGGUAUUUUACUGAUAAUUCGUAUACUGUAAUUUCUGCGAGUACAAAUUUCAUGUAUAGUCUGCAUAAUAUUAUAUCGAACUUUACAACUCACAUUGCUUUUAUCGUAAAGUAGAAAAGUCUUGUUCCAUGGUAAACAAAACUGUUUUGGAUACGAACAAUUUUGUUUAUAUAUGAAUGUGCGACGCUUCACAUGAGAAUGUCAUUGUGAAAAUAAAUAUUCACUGUUAACCUACUUUUAUACUGUUUAACAAGCGAAUUUUUGUAUCAGACUAUUUCUUCAAACACGCGUGUUGAGAUGACUUGUUAAGCUAAUCUAUUUUGUUCUGUUUUCGUUUAUGUACGUAAUAUGUAAGUAACAAAUUAUUGAAGAUUAUAAAUAAAUAUUUAUUCAUUGCUUCUCGAA